GGGGGUAGUUCCCAUGAAGUGAGGGCCAUCCUGACUGUUAUAUCUCUGAGUCCCUCAGCCUCAUCUUGUCUCCAGGAUGCUGUGUGUCUUGCUCCCCAAGGGCAUCUGGAUAGAGGUUCUGGCUGUGACCCUGCUGGUGCUGAUUUCCCAGGUGGCUGCAGGCAGACAUUCCCCAGAGUCCUUCAUCCAACAGUUUAAACAUGAGUGUCACUUUGGGAACGGGACGGAGCACAUGCGUCAUGUGGAUAGAUUCAUCUACAACGGGGAGGAGUAUGUGCGCUACGACAGCGACCUCGGGGAGUAUGUGGCGGUGACAGAGCUGGGGCGGCCUGAGGCUGAGUACUGGAACAGCCAGAAGGAUCUCAUGGAGCGCAAACGGGCAGAGAUUGACACCGUGUGCAGGCCCACUUACGAGUCAUCUGAGCGUUUCUUACUGCGCGUUAAGCCCGAGGUGACUGUGUAUCCAUCAAAGAUGGCUCCCCUGGGACAACACAACCUGCUUGUCUGCUCUGUCACUGGUUUCUACCCUGGGGACAUUGAGGUCCAGUGGUUCGUGAACGGGCAGGAGGAGACAGCUGGGGUUGUGUCCACAGGCCUGAUCAGCAAUGGAGAUUGGACCUACCAGAUCCUGGUGAUGCUGGAAAUGACCCCCAAGCAUGGAGAUGUCUACACCUGCCAAGUGGAGCACUCCAGCCUUCAGAGACCUGCCAUCUUACACUGGAAAGUACAGUCUGAAUCUGCCCAGAGUAAGAUGCUGAGUGGAGUCGGGGGCCUCGUGCUGGGGCUGAUCUUCUUUGGGGUUGGCCUCAUUGUCCACAAAAGGAAUCAGAAAGGAAAUCGUGGUUCACAACCAACAGGGCUCCUGAGCUGAUCUCUGAGGCUGUGUCCCCUGGAACUGUUGGAUCCCCUCAGCCUCCCUCUCACAUUUGGAGGCCCCUGCUUGUGUCCAGAUCUCCAGGACAUUAGCUUUGCUAACCCCUUCCUUGGCAUAGCUCCUUCCAUGUACCUUUGACUCUGGACUCUUUGGUAUUUCCCCAACAGAGCUUCCAAGACACCCUCCAUCCUCCUUUGUUUCUUUACUUUUUUAUCCAUUUUUGUCCCUUGAACCUUCACCCCAAGAAUUAGAAGACUGAGAAUCAAGUAGUGCUUGGUGAUAUGGAGACAAAGUGAGGGGAGCAGAGGAGGAAACUUUAGCAUUUGGGUUUUGUAGAAUCUGUCAAAAUGUAAAAUGCCUCCAGACGUGCAGAUUGCAAUCCAUCCACAUCUUUUGAUACUGGUUGACUCAUGUUCAUUUCCUUCCACAAUUCCUAUAGAAGUUGGUUAAUUAACAUGCUGGUAGCCUUCCUAUACAUUUCUUUAUUUUACAUAGAUACCAGUGGCCCUCACAGGCUGUCUGCUCAGAAAUCCUUAGCUUUCUCUAUGUGAUGGGCCCACCUCAUUCUGGUCAUCCAUCAUUCUGCUGAUGUUUCUUUUAUCACUUCUGCUCAGUUCUUCUUUGAUGAUAUGCUGUAGCCUGUGCUUGCCAUAUCAAAAGUGCCUCUCCAUUGCACCUUUAAAAAAUUAA